CUGCUUCCCUGUGUGGUGUGUGUUUAAUAAUUAGCGGAAGUAUGGUGAGCUUCAGAAACCGAGAGCGACGCUCAUAGUGCUGCGUGUCUGUAGUUUCAGCUUUGUUAUUCGGUGGGGGAUGCGGCAGUGAAUCCGAUCGGUUCAGCGCCACUGCGGGCAGGCUGCGCGCUGCGGGGAGCUUCGGGACAAAGCGUCUCCAACGCCGAGGAUUGAAAGAGCAGGCACGAACGCGCGCCUGUGCAAUUCCAACUUUUGCGUUUGGUUUCGGAAAGCUGUCCCCGGGAUACGGCCGGGUCGCUUCUGUGGCUGCGGGUCUCGUUUUGGCGGGGUUGUUAUUGGAUCCCCAGCAUGGAGCCGGCAGUGGAGACCCUGCAGGGAGCCCCUACCUUGGACCCCCGAUUGCUGUCUCUGGGGCGCAAGGACGCAGAGAGGGUGCUGGAGCUGUACGUGAGGCGCAGUCUGAGUCUGAACGAUGGACCAGGACGAGACAGGAAGCCCAGGGGGAGAGGAGGAGACCGCAGGGGUGCAAAGAACGUGAAGGGCGAAGUGCGAAGGUCAAUCAGCGAACUGGACAGUUUGGGGCCUAGCAGUGAGGUUGGCAAGGAGGUAAAGGUCCCGGUUGAACCAAAGCUUUCUGAGAGCCCAGCCCGCUCUGUCACUCCCCUGGGGAGCUCGACGGAGAAGCCCAAGAAAGCUUCCAAGAAGGGGAAGAAGGCUGUCCUGAAGAGCCUGUUCAGCUUCUUCUGGAAGAAGAGCAGCGAGGAGAAAGAGGACCAGGAGCCAACCUCGGAGGAGAAGCCAGCCUCGGGAUCCACAGAGAGCCAGGGAGCCCCUGCCGGCUGUCUGCCUGUGACCCGGCAGUUCUCGGAGGACCACUACAGCCCCACCACCCCCCGGCCGGCCAAGCCACUCAAACGGAAGAGCACCCUGCGGAAGUCCUUCUCCUUCAAGAGCAGAGGCACGGACGCCCCAAAGAAACCCACUUUCCUGGCUCUUCGUGGCAAUGUGCAUAAGCAAGAAGCUCCCGAGACGCAGCCUCAGUACUCGUACUACGAGCAGGUGUCUGUGGAGAUGGAGCGCAUCGUGAAGGCACAGGAGCCGGUCCUGGAAGAGGUGUCACAAUCUCCUGACCUGGACACUGAUGGGACGAUAUCUGCUGGUGAUCAGCUUCAGAUUGAUCAGAUUGUCUCUUUGCUGCAGAGGGAAGGAGACAUUAUAGAUGAAAAGCUGAAGGAGAGCACGGAUCUGAACUCCUUCUUCCAGGGCAUGACCUACAGCUCCUUCCAGCAGCUGGCUGACCGCUACGUGGAGACCUCAGAGGUCAGGGGUCAGCAGCCGCAGGUGAGCCCCCCCGAGCUGGUCAAGUUUGCCUUCACGCUGGACAUCACUGCCAAGGUGGCGGGCAUCUGUAACCACACAGUGAACCGCAUCAUGGGCUUCGGGAACAAGUACCUGCAGGACCGCUUCACCCAGUUCAGCAACGGCCAGCCACUGAACCUCAUUGACUACCCUAUUGAAAGUCCGGACUGAACAAACCCACACAGCGCUACCCAGCCACGGACAACACUUCAUCAACAAGCUCUUUGGAAAGGUUUCUACAACAACAGAGUGUGUGCUCACCAGGGCAAUGGGAGCAGCCCAGAAAACCCUUCUCUUUUAAUGGAAGGAACUUCACUACUGAACACCAGCCAAGCUUUUAAACCCCCACCAAGAUGGCUGGUUCAUGACUUUUAAACCCCUGACAAGAUGGCUGGUUCAUGACUUUUAAACCCCUGACAAGAUGGCUGGUUCAUGACUUUUAAACCCCUGACAAGAUGGCUGGUUCAUGACUUUUAAACCCCCACCAAGAUGGCUGACUCUUGACUUUUUUAAAAAGUGGCUUAAUGGAUCGUUCUGGUUGGCCUCCACUGAAACUACGGAGAGAAAUAAAACAAAAUGUUUCAAUGUUAACUUUUGCGGACGCUUGUGGAUCACAUCCCAGCGUGCCAAGCACGUGUUCUGGGGUGACGUUACCCACUGCAGCCCCCGACUCUGCUUGUUGUAAUAAAGGCUUUGGGGCGACCCCUCUGGUGUUCACAUUUUCUGAUCCUCUUGGGUCUGGUUUCACUGACCUAGUCUUGGGCUCCCCACUGUAGGUAAACUAGUCUAAGACUGGUGCUAUUCAGGGCCUGUGAAACCAGCCGCUCUUAAAGUAUACCACGAGGAAGUCAUGCUUGAGUCAUUUCACAUUGCACAGCGCUGCUUCAGGCUGACAAUGGUCUCUGUGCAGCCAGGAAUCUGAAAUAAUGCACAUGCACUUUCUUGUCAAGUCUGUGCCCUGAAUUAGGGCUUGGUAAUCUAUGCUUAAAAAAUGAUUUAAACAUUUUUUCAUGUUAAAAGUAGAUUUAGCUUAUUUGUAUAAUAAUAAUAAUAAUAAUAAUGGUGUACAUUUUAAACUAAGAGUUAAAAUUAAGCUGCAGUAAUGUGUUGUAGUUCCACCUCAUUCCACUAGAUGUCGCAGUUUGACUGAUUGAGAAAGGAAGAAAAUAAACUGUUCUGUAUUCUGCUGGCUACAGGCUAUGGAAAUGGAAUAUUGCUUCCCUUUUUAAUGUUGCAGGUUCAGGUAUAAAUUAAAGGGUAAAGCAGGCAUGUCCAUUUCCAGCCCUCCUUGCAGUAUGUACAGGUGUACUGUAGUUGUGUUUGUGACCCCUAGUGGCAGGAAAAGCUAACUGCACAUUUUUUUUAAUGGUCAUAAGAAUUUCUACAUAUGUAAUGAGGGCAUAAGCCUUUAUCAGUGAAUUCUGAUGUUUUUCCAAUGCAUGGAUUCCUGAUGGAUUUCUUGAAAAAGUAUGUGAAUCAAGACUUUAGAAAAGUCGGCUGAACCAUGAAACCUUUUUCCAAAACCAAGAAUACUCACGCGUGCUGUGUCACGCAUGAUGUCGCCUGCACAGGCUGUGUUGACAGUCCAGUUUGCCCCAGUGAUGCCGCUCUUGAGAGAGGACAGUUCAAGCCAUGCCCAGCAUCCCUCGGUGUGUCUUCUCAUCCCUCCACCUCCUCAUCUUGAGCACUGCUGGAAAUUAAAGCACAAAAUACCAGACGUCAAGAAACAAGGGCUGAUUACAAACUGCAAUGAUGUUAAUGCUGAAUGUAUGCAAUCAACUGUGAACUCUUUCAAACAAAUAAUAAUGCAAUGUGAAUUGUGUGUGCUGGCAUACACCAGUCCUGUAACGUGUACAACCUGAUAUUUAAAGUAAAUUAUGAUUUUUUUUGGUAAA